AAAGAAUGUUGUCCGAAAAAUAAAACCAAGCUCACCUCCCAUUUCUUACUCUAUUUUGCAGCCCAAAGAUCGAUUUUUUUUUUUUUUUUUAACAUUCAAAGAUCGAAAAUUUGACCCCAAAAAAUAUGUUCUUUCAAUUGAUAUCUAUCUCUCUCUCUUUCCAAUUUUUAGGUGAUGCGAUCUUUUUUUCAGGUCAUGAGGUGACCCUCUCCUUUCGCUGAUUCUAAUCUAUCUAUCCUCACCACCUGUGCCUUACCUCUCUCUCCUCCUCCUCUCAUGAGAUCAUGUUCCGUCUUAUAUACCCUUUUUCCUGUGUUUCUUGCACCUGGAUUUCAGUCACAGUGUUUUUUAUAUUUGAUUUGGCUGAUUUGAUUAUCUAAUUCACGUGCAUUUUGUGGGAAUUUGUCGUUUAUUGUAUCAGUUGGAUUUUUUCUCUUCGUGCAGUGAGUGUGCUGCAUUUUCAUGCAUAGUUUGAUGUGUUUAGGUUAACACUCUCUGUCUGUCUAAAGGUUCGAUCUUUAUGUAAUGUAAGGAUUAUUUUUCUCUUUUUUUUUUGGGUGGAAUACAUUUAAUUUUAUUGAUUUCAAGAACUCAUAUAUUGUUGUUUUGAGGUGGGCUGCUGCUGCUUGGAGUAGGUUCAGUAUUUUAUUUGUGCUUUCUUGUUUUUUUUUGGAGGAAUUUUUAUGGAACUUUUGGUUUCAGCUUAGGUUAAUUUAUCUGCAAUGGUGUGGAAUAAGUGGGAUUUUGUUAUUUAGUUUGAGGGAGAGUGGAAUGAAAGGUGAAAAAGAUGAAGGGAAGCAAAUGGUUCCUCUGUUUCCUGGCCUUCAUAUUAGUGAUGGAGAUAAAGGAGGGCCUAGGGCGCCUCCUAGGAACAAGAUGGCUCUUUUCGAAGAGUAUAGUGUGAAUUCCCAAGGUCCGGAGCUCAGGUCCGGACCUAGGCCGUUGCUGCCUGUUCCACUUGGCAGUGGCUGUACUAACUUCGUCUCACAAGCAUCUUCGAGCAAUGUGAGUUGUGCAUUUUUAUUUGAAGCGUGAGCUAGCCUUUAUGUGUGAGACCUUGAGUUGUUUAUGUGUGAGACCUUGAGUUGCUAGACCACGCUGUGCUUGAAUUGUUUGAAGGAGAGUCAUUAGUUGGAUUUUCAAUUCUUGCUCUUUCGUUUCACAAGCAUCUUCGAGCAAUGUGCAAUGUGAGUUGGGGAAAUAUUUGUUAAUGCAUUUUUAUCACGAAUUAUGAGCUUGCAUUUAUGUGUGGAGUAGAGCUUGUGUUGCUAACUUGCUAGACAAUGUUGUACUUGAAUCACGUGUAGGACGGUCAUUAGUUGGAUUUUUUAAUUGUUGCUCGUUGUGUUGAGAUAUUUGGGCUUCUCUCACUGAGCUAGUUUCACCUGCACAUGACUACAUGAAAAAGGAUUUUUUGAUCCAUCUGUUCUCAGAUUAGGUUGAGUUCAUCCUAACUAGCUGUGGCAAGAAGACUCAGUCAUGAAUCAUGUGUGGAAGAGUCAUUAGUUGGAGUUUCAAUUCUUGCUCUUUGUGUUUGGGUCUCUCCCAUUGAGCUAGUUGCACUUGCACAUGACUACAUAAAUAUGAUUUUAUUUAUCCAUCCAUUCUCAGAUUAGGUUGAGUUCGUUUUAACUAGUUAUCUCUGUCGUGUGAACUAGAAACAUGGAGGUGAUGAGUAUAUAGUUAAGUACGAGACCUUUGAUAAAUCAACAUGAUAGUUUAUGUUGUUUCUACUAGUCGAAUUUCUCGGCCACUUUUAAUAGAAUAGCACGCAGAAGGCUUUUCCUUGGCAUUUUCUAAGUAGCUGCAACGAGAAGCUCCUAGUAUAUAACUUAGGAACACGAAGAUGGGAGUAUCUAGUGAUCCGUUUUCUCAAUCGUGACAAAGAAAUGAAAAUUUGUGUUGCUGGUGUAAAACGGAAAGUACGGCCUGUAUUAGCUGCAAUGAACGAAUAUCCUCACUCUCCAGAGUGGUACUACUCUCAUUGUUCUGGUGGGGUGUCAGGAACAUCAAAUUAUCAGAAUCCAGGUUCCUCGUCCGGCCUAAUGAUGAAAGCCAAGUGUAUCUCGGUUCAACCACCAUGUGGCUUUUCCAGCUAUAGUAACUGUUGCACUGAUGAAAAUGAUUUUGGAGUUUCGUCUUUUCUUCAGUCCGGGAAGAUCCUCAACUAUGGCAAUCCUCAGCUGCAUGUGAAAAAAGAGAAGCUCGAUGCCUUUAGUUCAAAACUGUCGAAGGUAACGAAAACUGGAGAUCAAGAAAACAGUAAAUUAACUCUGAAUAACGUUGGGAAUAGAAUAUCCCACCCGAGCAUUGCAGCCCUUCAACGUGAUCACCUAAAGAAAACCAGCAUGGGAGAUGAUGAGACGAGCAGAUUAGAUUUCCCUCAAGCAUUCAAGAAUCUGCACAAGAGCAAGACUGUUGCUGAUGAUAUGUCUGCAUUAUGUGGCGUUGCCUCGAGAAAAAGCACCUCUGCGGUGGAUGAUACAGCUCAUUCCUCUCCACGAGCUGAAGACUGCAACCAACGGGCAAACAUUGACAACGAUCCUCUGUCAUUGAAAAUAGGAGAUGCCAUCAAAAGGGAAGAAACCUCGGAUACUUGCACCGAGGACUCUCUCCUAGGUCUAGAUUUAGCUACUGAUGAAGUUGUGAGAGUUAUUGGCCAGAGGCUGUUCUUGAAAGCAAGGAAAACAAUGGUCCAUCAACAGAAAAUAUUUUCUUUGCAGAUGUUUGAACUGCAUAGAUUGAUAACUGUGCAGAGACAUAUAGCGAGGUCGCCAGAAAUCUUUCACGAUACCACCUUCGACCCCAGCAAGCCAUCCAUCAAGUUUCCUCCGAUCAACAAGUUGCUCUACGUCUCUCCACUGGAUCCAUCCCCGGCUGUUGCUAAAGCAAAAGUCGACCCUCCGAAGUCCAAUCUUGGCACAGAUUGUGGAUCUGAGGCCAUAUGUGGACUGCUUCCAUUGCCUACAACCGAUGUCGAGAAAGGGCUUCUUGCUCAGCAGAAACCUCUCCCAAAUCCCACAUCCAUCCCCAUUGAUCCUAAACUAGCACCGUGGUGCUUGCCGGUUCCAACGGGAAAUCAAUGGCUAGUCCCGGUGAGAUCUCCCUCGGAGGGACUGAUAUACAAACCAUAUCCUGGUCCGUGUUUCCCAUCCGUUGGUUUCAUGGCUCCCGUCUAUGGAAACUGCCCCCCAAUAAGCUUAAGCUCAUUGGGAGGGGCAACUUAUGGCGGUGUCCCCCCUCCCAACGAGCAAGGAACUGGAGGCUUUUGCAGCACCGAGCUCAGCCAGAGCUACUUGCAACCCUAUCCAAUGCCUCUGAUCCCAUCAGCUGGAGCUCAGGCGGGCGAACUUGAUAAAAGCUCGUCUUCCAACUUCUUCAUGCCACAUCAGAUCCCGUGCAAAGUGUCGAGCCAGAGCGCGAUAGUUUCGGAGUGUGGUGGAAAUCUGCAUAGAUCGAGUGGAAGUGAAAUGCAGGGCAGCACAGAGAGUAGUCCGCCCGAGAGAUUGGAAGGAGACGCGCUCUCACUCUUCCCCAUCACGCCUUCGCUGCAGAGGAACGAGCAGAGGGUGCAGGCGAUCAAGGCCGUCCCGCACAAUCGUAUGUCAGCAUCGGCAUCAGCAGCACGGAUUUUCCAGUCGAUACAAGAAGAGAGGAGAAAACAAGAGUAACUACUCAUCACCUUUUCUGCAUACACAAUUCAUAAAUGAUCUUGUUGAUCUUCAGUUUUGGUCAAUACUUUUCUUUUUAAUCAUUAGUUUUGAUCGAAUUGGUUUAUUUAACUGUAUAUAUACAUGCAGAGAGAGAGAGAGAGAGAGAGAGAGAGAGAGUAGAAUAGGAGAUGGAUGAAGCAUUCAUUCAAACUAAUAUGAUUUUUUUUUUGUAUCUUUUUGAGGUUUCAAUAAUUUUCCUCAUACAAUUUUGAUCGUACAGAAAUCAAAUGUAUUAAUGCAUGAGAAAUUUCAGAUUGUAACGUUA